CACUGAAGAGUACAUCGGCCGGAACCGCCGCUAACACAGAAUAAUCCACUUUGUUUUUCUCCGCUCUCAUUGAUCCGACCAUCCACUUUAGGCGCUGCUGUCACAGAAUCUCGCGUCUUUUUGGACCUUUACUUCACUUCUCUCCUGCUCUCAGCGCUUAUCUGUGAAAGUCCGUCUGAACAGAGAAACCUCAGCCUGACUGAGGGAUUCACAUCGACUGAACAACCAAAUAUCCUGAAGCGACACUGAAGGCCUGACACAGACUUUCACACAGAGUCAGCAGAGAGAAAAUGUCUCCCAAAAAACACCAGAAGACAACUGAAGACAUCCGAUCCUUUUCUGAAAAUAAAACUGACAGUCCUGCUGGCGGCAGCAGCAGCAGCAGGAGCUCACAGCCAGGAGGAGCUACAGCCUCUCAGACUGCUACACCUGAGCCAGUGAGAGUGAAGAAAGAGAGUGAUGAAGACUAUAAGGACCCACAUGAACAUCAGUUCACAGUGGAGUUCAGUUCAGGUGACAAAUACAACAUUAACUGUGAUAAGCCUUGCACAGUGCUGGAGGCCAUAAAACGAAAAAAAAUAUAUAUGAAGAUGAUUAAGGGUCCAGAUGAGAACGUCAUCAUUCAGAUGGGUGCAGGAGAUAAUGAAUCAGUCGUUGCAACACAUUUUCCUUGUUCUUGUAUUGGCGAUCGUGAGGUUCUGACCAUAUCAUGUAAAUCAGAAAAAGUAGAAGAGGCCCAGGUCCAAGACUCCAAAAUGGUACAUCCCAAAGAUUUCUAUUCAGUCUUUUACAUUGACACAAAGGGAGGGCUAAAUGCCAAAAAGAAGAAGCUUUUUAAAAACGGGAAUUUAAAACACUUCAAAUAUCUCUGUGUAUAUGGAGAGAAGGGGAUAACUGUGAAGGAGGCUCUGACGAGAGACGGUCGCUUCAUCGAUAGCCUCGGCUACUUCGAGCUGAUCAACAUCAAUGACAAAUGUAAGACUGAGUGCACAGACAGGAUGGAUAAUCUCAAUGAUAAGAAAUUCAAAAUAUGUUUUUCAAGGCGAGAUAAUAAUUUAACAGAAGAUGUAAAUCAUCAGGCUGAACAUGGGCAGCAGAAACAGCAAAAACCUGAACGUGCAUCAAAUAAUUUACAGCGCAAGAAAGAAACCAAAUCAGUCUUAGAUGAAGCACAGCAGAGGGGAAUCAGUGUGAAACAAGCAGUCAAAGAAACAGGCAGCAGCAUUGACCGUAAGGUAGUUUAUAAGCUGCUGUGUGAGCAGUUUCCACGUCUCAAACAAUGGAUGGAGAGCAGAUUCCCUGAUCAUUCUUUCCAGAAAUCACUGAACCUGAGAAAGGAGAACUUUGGAAAGAUCCAGCAGUCUUUUAGUGAAGUUCACAGAGUCAGGGAUCUGCUCCAGCUGGCCGAGUCAGUUUGUCUGUUGCAGGUACACAUAUCUGACUCUUCUGCAGAGCAGGGCACAGGCUUUGUGCUAUUUGAUAACUUUGUCUUAACGAAUGCCCACUUAUUUGAACAAUGGGUGGACUCACAGUUGCAUAAUUGGUGUGAAUUAGUAAACAUCACUGCUGUCUUUAACUUUGAAAAACAGGAAUCAGAGAAGAUGAAGGUAAAAGCCAAGGUGUUUGUUGGUAACAAUGAGUUAGAUUACGCUAUACUUAAGCUGGAAACAGAGAAGGUUCCUCCAGGGCUCCUCAAGAGAUUUGGGCCUCUACCUUCAGAUGGUGAGGCCUGUAUUGUUGGACACCCAGCAGGGGGGGUGAAAAAACUAGAUCCUACCUGUAUCAUCGAGAAAGAGAAACGAGAGGAGGCUGUUAAUAAAAAUUUAGAGAACUACAGAGAUGAUUUCAUUGCAAUCUAUGAACUCAAUCAGGCAAUCAAAAAUGACCCAUAUGAAAAUAUCCAUGUGAAUUACAACACUUUCAUGUAUCACGGCGCUUCUGGCUCUCCAGUUUUUGAUGCUCAUGGGCGAGUGUUUGGUUUGCACACUGGUGGAUUUUUCUAUGGGUUUCCAAAGGCUGAUGAGAGUGUGAUUGAGUACGCCUUUCCUCUGCUCACAAUAUUUGAAAACUUUAUGGGUAAUCUGAAGGAAUGUGGGGAUGAGAAGCUGUUGGAAAGAGUUGUGGAGGAGGCAAAAGGAAACCCACACCUAGAAAACAUUAUUUUGUCUGUUGUGGGGCCAAAACAAAGCAGACCUGAAGAAACACUCCAGGCUGAGGCAGCAGAUUCUGAGGAGUCAAUGAUUCUCAGUUAGGGAGAAUAUCAUCCAGCAAGAGGCAAAACACACAUGAUCACAGUAAUUAGUCUGCCUGCCUAAAAGUCUGCCUUCUGUUUCAUUUAGACCAGAGUUGAACUCUUGUUUUAAUUUUUGUUUAGCUUCUAGUAUUCAGUUUAGUUUUUCUUAUAGGUUGAAGUGUCAUUUCAUUUUAUCAAUAUUUUUAUUAUUAUGUGGGUGGUGUUUGUCAGGGUGAAGAGAUAAGAAGAUCAGAUUGGAUAUUAUUAUGAACACAACACGUCAAAUCAUCUAGACAUCUCAAGUCUUGAUAAACAUUUGCACCGAAGCCCCCCGAUGCUUUUUGGUUUGACAAAUGUAACCAUUUUGGCAAAGAUUAUAAACUGAGAACAUUUUCUGUUAAUUUUUUAUUUUGCUGUUGUUUUGUGUACACACAAUGACGCUUCUGUUGAAUUACUGUAGAUGAUUAUAAUUUAAAUCAACAUGACUGAAAUUUAUUCAAGCAAAGUUUAGUGUAAUAUCCAUUUACUUUUACUAUAUUAUUUGCUAACAUCUAUUGGCAUAUGUAUUCUGUUUUUAUGUUGGAGAAUAGUCCUCACAUUUGUUGUGUUUGCUUUAGUUUUUAUUAACACAUAACAACUGAACAGGAAGUUGAAUGUUAUUGUGAAG